AUGACUGACACAUAUCUAGUGAAUGUCAGGGACAGAGCCUCUGACAGGGUGCGAUAUCUGCUUCCUCUCUUACUGUUAUAGAGGCUAAUUGUUUUCUCGUUUGUUAAUGAGAUGCUUUUAAGUCUCUUGGCAUUCGACACACGACGUUCGUUUGGACUGGUAUCGCUCUCUAGUGUAAACCGGAGUUUUCUACUUUAAUUUCUAAUUAUCGAUUUUCUCUUGACAAGUGGAGACUUCACUUUGUGCAUGUUACUUUAACGUUUGAUGAUUACUGAAAUUCUUCUUCGUUGACGUUACCUUUGUGCAGUGUGGGGCAAAGUGAUAAAUUAAAGAUUGGAAACAAGUGGUAAAAGUCAAUGCGACGUUUAAUGCAUAUCUUAUGCAAGAAGAGCCUAAGGUCAAAGAUGAAACCAUCCCUGUAUCAAUGACUAGACAUCUUAUUCUCGAGGACGAUAUGAAGGAGUAUUGGGGCUUCUAUCUCCUUCGUGGAAGUAGCGUAACUGUUUCUACCUGUGUAAGAUGGCCGGGAGCUUCUUUGACGAUCAUUCGUGGUCACAAGAAUUUGCAUGAAUGUGCAUUCAUCGGUGAUGACAGUAGCGAGGAACUUGAGGAGCUCCUCGAGAUCGCCGAAGAACGAGGUCAUCUGAAUCUUUUAAAUAGUACACUUCAGGAUGAUGGUCCCAGUAACGAGCCGGAUAAAAUGAAGAGAGCUCGACAAGAAGUUCUUUUUCAUCACAAGGAUAGUACACCAGGAGUCAAUAAUACUCUACCUAGACACGUGGCUCAUCAUUAUAAUAGUCAUGAAUUGGAUGCAAAAGCUAUGAGAAAUAUACUCACCCAGCUCGAUUAACAG